GUUGGUAGGGUCGUACAUAUUUUGUUUUCGCGCAUAAAGUGGGAGGUGUUAUGAAUUUCAACGAAAUCGUAGCGUGAAAUAUAAGUAAAUUAAGAAAAAUGGAUUUCUUAGAGUAUUCGGACAUAUCAGCCGAAGUGAAGGGUGCUAUGUGUCCUGGACGACUGAAGUUGACUGACCAGCACAUCAUCUUCAAGAACAGCAAAACAGGAAAAGUGGAGCAAAUAACAGCAUCUGAUUUGGACAUUGUGAAUUGGCAAAAAUUAGUCGGAACAUGGGGUAUUCGCAUAUUUCUGAAAAAUGGAACUCUUCAUAGGUUUGGUGGUUUCAAAGAAGGAGAACAAGAAAAAAUUGCAAAAUUUUUCUCAUCAAACUACAAGAAGGAAAUGUUGGAAAAGGAGUUGAGCUUGAAGGGUUGGAACUGGGGAACAGCAAAGUUUAAUGGUGCAGUUCUAAGUUUUGAUGUUGGCAGCAACACUGCUUUUGAAAUACCCUUGAACCAUGUUUCACAGUGCACAACUGGAAAGAAUGAAGUGACACUUGAAUUUCAUCAGAAUGAUGAUGCACCUGUAAGCUUAAUGGAGAUGAGGUUUCACAUUCCUUCAAGUGAAUUGGCAGGGGAUGUUGAUCCUGUGGAAGCUUUCCAUCAGCAGGUUAUGAAGCAGGCAAGUGUCAUCAAUUUGUCUGGAGAUGCUAUCACCACAUUCAAGGAAAUUCAGUGUCUUACACCACGGUAUGUAUCACCACACAGUUUAAAACUCUUUUAUAAUUGUUUUUUUUUUUUUUUUUGCAGUCAUUCAGGAACUCCUGCUGUUGGCUGUUCUUAUAAGGCAGCAGCUGGCUACAUGUACCCUUUGGAGCGAGGUUUUAUAUAUGUGCAUAAACCACCAGUUCACAUCCGCUUUGAAGAAAUCAGUAGUGUCAACUUUGCUCGAAGUGGUGGUGGAACUAGGUCAUUUGAUUUUGAAGUGGAAACAAAAUCUGGAGUUGUGCACACAUUCAGCAGCAUUGAAAAGGACGAAUAUGGGAAACUGUUUGAUUUUAUCACUUCCAAGAAACUGAGAGUGAAGAAUCGAGGAAAAUCUGAUAAGCCAUCAUAUGCAGAUGAUUUUGGUGAUUCAGACCAAGAGGAUGAGCCUGACGCUUACCUUGCUAGAGUGAAGGCAGAAGCAGAGGAGAGGGAUGAAGGUGAAGGGGGAGAGUCAGAAGAAGAAUCCACAGAUGAAGACUUCAAUCCUGAUCAGCAAGAGAGUGAUGUUGCUGAAGAGUAUGACACUAAUGCCUCGGCGUCAGAUUCUGAUGAAGGGUCAGGUGAAUCAGAUAAGGAGAAAAAUAAGAAGAAAAAAGAGAAAGAGAAGGAGAAAAAACCAAAGAAAACAAAAACAGUGUCUGAGAAGCCUCGAAAGAAGCAAGCAAAGAAAGAGAAGGAUGAAAAUAAACCUAAACGGCCUCCAACAGCAUUCAUGUUGUACCUGAAUUCAAACAGAGACAAGAUCAAGUCAGAAAACCCUGGUAUUGCUGUUACUGACAUUGCCAAGAAAGGCGGAGAGAUGUGGAGAGAUCUGAAAGACAAAUCGGAGUGGGAAGGUAAAGCAACCAAGCUGAAAGAAGAAUAUGCUAAAGCAGUGAAGGAGUAUGAAGCAUCAGGAGGAGGAGGAGGAAGUGAUUCUAAGGAGAAGAAGAAAGAUACAAAGAGGAAAGAAACGACUCCCAAGUCAUCUCCAACCAAAUCUGGGAACUUUAAGAGCAAGGAAUAUAUAAGUGAUGUAGAUACCAGCAGUUCUAAUGAAAAGGAUGAUAAUGAAGACAAGAAAGAGAAGAAAGUGUCCAAGAAACCACCAGCAGCUAAGAAACCGAAACUGGAAGAAGUGAAGAGGGAGAGAGAUAAUGAAACUAAAGUGAAAAAAGAAAAGAAAGCUUCUGAUGAUGAGCAGGCAGAUCAGAAGAAGAAAUCAGCUUCAGCAAAAGUUAAGAAAGAGUCAGAUGAUGAUAUGGAUGAACCAAUAGAAAGUACUCCACCGACCUCAGACAAUGAAGCAUCUGGCUCUGGAUCUGAUAGUGGCUGAGUUUCACUGGAAGACAAGAAUGAGACACCCAUCAUAUGACUGAAUAUUAGAGAAGCCACAGUUAUUCCAAAUGUCAAACCAUUUCUACAGUUAUGUCUCAAUAAAAAAUUGCAAUUUAUUUUCUUGUUAUGUUAACCAUACACAUGCCUCUUGACACAACUUGUAAGAAAUUUCUGGUUUUUCUGAUUCAUUAUGUUUAUUUUAAUUUAUGAUGUCUGGUCUACAUUCCAUGGAAUAUAUUACAAUAGAUUUA